GCGCUCCUGCAUUCUUCUUCUCCCUUUUGGCCGUGGAUUAAGCUCUGUUGCGCUCCCUUUCCCUCCUCUCUGUCUGAGAAAACCCUAUUCCUAAUUCCAUUGAUUUCGAUAGGUUAUUCCCUUGAUUUUGAUAGGUUUAGGGUUUCUUUUCCCCACCUGUAAAACCCUAAUGCUCGGAUUGCCAUCUCCUCUCUCUCGAUCUCCAGCACCGGACCCCUGCGUCGAUUCCACCGCUCGCAUUCGAAUCGAGAAUGGAAUUGCUGCCGAAGAAGAAUCCUACGAACGGAUUCACAGAACCCAACAUUGGGAGCUCCUUGGAGUCUUUCUUGCGCUUCUUGGAGUCGCAGCAGGAGCUCUUCCACAGCCAGAUCGAUCAGCUCCAGAAGAUUGUCAUCACCCAAUGCAAGCUCACUGGAGCCAAUCCCCUCUCUCAAGAAAUGGCUGCUGGUGCUCUGUCAAUAAAAAUUGGUAAAAGGCCAAGGGAUUUGCUAAACCCUAAGGCUAUAAAAUAUAUGCAGUCAGUCUUCUCUAUCAAAGAUACAAUUAGCAAGAAGGAAACUCGUGAGAUCAGCGCUCUUUGUGGUGUGACAGUCACACAGGUUAGAGAUUUUUUUGCUGGUCAGCGUUCAAGAGUAAGACGGCUUGUUCGACUGUCACGGGAGAAGACAAUUAGAUUUAGUGCAUGCGAGGCAUCUCCUGAAGGAAGCAAGGCAUCUCCCAAUGGAAUCAUCAGUAAUUCUGAUAAUGUCAUGCCUGUUAGCAAUCCGGUUCCUGUGAAUUCGGUGGAUCCUAAGACUGCUGAAGAAGGCCCCUCAAGCUCAUCACAGGAAGAAAAUAUUCCUGGGAUUGAGGACUCUGAUAAAACUUUUCUGGAAAACAUUUUCAAUUUAAUGAGGAAAGAAGAGACAUUCUCUGGGCAGGUGAAGUUGAUGGAAUGGGUUCUGCAAAUACAUAAUUCUGCCGUGUUACACUGGUUUUUGACCAAAGGUGGUAUGAUGAUUUUAGCGACAUGGUUGAGCCAAGCAGCUCUUGAAGAACAAACUACUGUUAUUCUUAUCAUUUUUAAGGUUCUUUGUCACCUUCCAUUACAUAAGGCUUUGCCAGUACAUAUGUCAGCCAUAUUACAAACUGUUAACAGGUUGCGAUUUUACCGGACAUCAGACAUAUCAAACAGGGCAAGGGUUCUGUUAACAAGAUGGAGCAAACUGUUUGUAAGAAGCCAGGCGCUGAAGAAACCAUCUUCUGUAAACUCCCCAAGCGACGCUGAGAAAGAGAGGAUCCGGAAGCAGAGGAUCAGUGAAAUUCUCAGCGAUGAGUCAUGGCAGUCGAAAAUAGACGUUCCUGAGGAGAUCCUUGCCUUAACUAACGAAAAUUCAGAAAAUUCCAGGAAAGAGCCUAGACGAGCAUUGAAGAUGCUUCUGGCAUCCGGUGAGGAUUCAAAUAAAAAGCACAUACGAAGUGGUGCUUCUCCCCAAACCAGAGAACGCAGGAAAGUUUUGCUGGUGGAACAGCCUGGCCGCAAUACUGCGGGCAGAAGCAUGCAGGUUGUGAGGGCGGCAUCAGCAAACCAAGGCCGUCCCAUGUCUGCAGAUGAUAUCCAGAAAGCAAAGAUGCGUGCAAGCUUCAUGCAGAUCAAGUAUGGGAAGAUUGGGACGUCUUCCAACGAAAAUUGCCAAGAGAAUACCGAAAACCAAAAAACAUCUUCUAAUCCUCAGACUGGCAAUGUGCCACUGCAAGUGUCUAAAACAUUUCAACUGAAAAAAGUGGAAGAUAAAAAAGCUAUUGUGCUCCCGUCGGAAACUUCUCAUGCUCCGCCGGGAACUUCAAUGGAUUCAAAGCCAAGCAUGGUCCCUCAGGAACCCUUCUGGGAGAAGUUGAAGAGGGAUCAAAUUCCAUGGCAGACUCCACCAGAGAUGAGGAUCAACAACCUGUGGAGUGUGGGUGCUGGGGAGAAGAGCAAGGAAGUUGAAGUACAGAUUGUGAGAAUCCAAAGAGAGAAGGAAACUGUCUAUCGCAGUGUUCGUGACAUCCCACCUGAUCCAAAGGAACCAUGGGAUGUUGAGAUGGACUUUGAUGACACCUUGACCCCAGAAAUCCCAACCGAACAGCCGCCCGACAUUGACGGAGCUGAAGCUUCUCCUCGUAUUAGCAAUAAUGCAUCAGAUGCGCCUACGGUCAUGCCAGCUCCAAUCACCACCGGAAAUCCCGAACCGGAUUUUGAAUUGCUUGCUGUGCUUCUCAAGAAUCCGGAUCUGGUUUUUGCCCUGACGUCUGGCCAGGGCAAUAGCUUCACCAGUGCGGAGACAGUGGCGCUGCUCGAUAUGCUCAAGGGCAGUGAUAUAAGCCUGCCGGGAAUUUUGAGUGGUUUGGAGAGAAAUGCGGCUGAGAAGCCAGAACUGACAUCGCUUCCAUCCCCAACUCCUCCUGCUGAAAGAGCUAUGAGAUGGAGGUCCGAAUCCGCACCUAUUCCCAAGAAGCUGGCAUUUUCUCAGCCUGUCUUGCCAGGUAACAGGUUUCCGGCAGCAGCUCCCACCCCGACGGGUAGUUCAGUGCUACACCACAUUCCAACUACUAACCCAUCGAUGCCACAAUUACCUGGACCAGAAAAUCAUCUACAUGUUGGUCCCACAACGCCACAGAUCACAGGCACCACACCGUUGCAAAAACAGUCCCCCGGCACAGUUCCAGCAGCCCACCAACUUCUGCCUGCGGCAUCAUUACAACAGAUUCCACAGAGUUCUGUCCAAGAAGCUAUCCUCCCCAUAAAUCAUUUCCCAUUAACUAGUAUGGGCCAGCAAAAUCUUCUGGCCACCGGACCAUCUGCACAGCAGAUUCCAACGAUGCAGGUGGAAAUUUCGAACUUUCGACAGAUACACAACCAGAAGCUACCCCCCCCACCACCAGCGGCGAUGCUCUUGAAUUCCUCGAAUGACAGACCCUCAUCAGUGCAGCCUCUGUUGCCAACCACAUCAAGGCCAUCGCCGUCACCAUUGGCAUUUCAACCCAUGUAUUCCCCUUGGCCAAGCAAUGCCACUGGUGUUGGGGAACAGGCACCCGCACCGGACUCUAGUAUCAGUAGUAGGCCAAGGGGCUUUCCGGACGGCCGCUCUUCCAUAGAGCGUUUCCCACCCAAUCGAAGUAACUAUAAUGCAUUUCCAGUUGACCACAUGCGGGCCCCAUUGCGGCCAGGCCCAGCUAUGGAUAGAAAUGAGUUCAUGGGCGAGCCGGAGUUUGAAAUGUGGAGCCCAGAGGGGAGUCCUGUGAGGUCCCCUGAGUUCCGAUAUGAACAGAACUUUAACGGACCCAGAAGAGACUUUGGCCGGAAUUAUAGACAGGAGUGGCCAAAGCACCGAAAUUCCGGUCGCCGCGAUCAUCGGUCAGGGAACAAAAGGUGGCGGGACCGAAGGCAUUAAGGAUGUGUCUAUUACGGUGGGGUUGAAACCUCACCGGAGAUUUGUUGCCCGAGUGGGCCAUGAGCAUCGUUAGAAGUCUGGAAGGAUAGGACUAGCGCUGUGAAUAGUCAGUUUGGGUUAGAUCUCGCGUAGAGUAUGCAAUUCAAUCAAAGGGCGUGGAGAGGAAAGAAAGAUGAAGUGCUUCGUCCUUCAGAUUAGAAGUACAGGGCUAGAGCGCAUGAAACAUCUCUCUCUAAAACCCCAGUUGAGAACAGUUACGGCAGGCGAGAUCUGGGCCACGCGUGUUGAUGGCUGGAAUUAGGCCGGUCUGGUUGUUGGGUGGUCCACCUGUAUGAAAAAAUGGACGGCUAAAAAGAAUUCGAUAGAGAUUGAUAAUCCAUACGUUUAUUAUCUGACUGAUACACGCCGCAGGAGUCGACUGAUGAAUAGGUGAGAUUUUGGAUAGGAGAUUCUGCUCAUUAAGUGGCCAUAGCACGGCCCACCUAAGAUGGAUUAAUUCACGGAAUUUAUACGGACGAAUACCUUUUUAUUAAUGAAGACGCGCUUUAUUUC